UGCAGAGGCGGGCGCAGCCGGGCUUUAAAAGACCUUGCCGGGACGGGUUCGCCUCCACACACCACCACACCGUCCCUAUGGCCCCUACGGUGCCGCUGGCUCGCCUGGUGCUUGUGGCCCUGCUGGCCCCACGGCUCGGGGUGGCCUUCCCCAGCUGUGACUACCCGGUCCACCUCUGGUGCAGCUCGCGGGAGAUCGCCGUCGCCUGCCAGGUGGAGAGCCACUGCACCAACCUCUCGCGUCCAGCGGCUGCUCCCGUGGAGCUGAGCCUGUACUAUGAGAGCCUGUGCCCAGCUUGCCGUGAGUUCCUGGUCCAGGAGCUCUUCACCACCUGGCUGCUGCUGCCUGCCGAGGCCCUGAGCAUCACCCUGGUGCCCUAUGGCAACGCUGAGGAGAGGAACAUCAGCGGGAAAUGGAACUUCCAGUGCCAGCACGGCCCGGAGGAGUGUUUGGGCAACAUGAUCGAGACCUGCCUGAUGCAUGAGGCCAAGAACUUCAGCACCUACUUCCCCGUCAUUUUCUGCCUGGAGUCAGGCAGCUCCGUCACCAAGAACCUGGAGGCCUGCCUGCAGGUCUAUGCCCCACAGCUGGAUGGGGGCCGCAUCACUGCCUGCGUGCAGGGGGACACAGGGGCUGCCCUGAUGCACCGCAACGCCCAGCUGACCGAGGCACUCAACCCCCCACACCAAUACGUACCCUGGAUCGUCAUCAAUGGGAAGCACACGGACGAGCUGCAGGCACAGGCGCAGGCCUCGCUGCUGGGGCUGAUCUGCCGCCUCUACCAGGGGGAGAAGCCCGAAGCCUGUGAGGGCUCGAGGGCCCACAAGGCCGCAGGCAGCUGCAGGCACUGAGGGACGACGUAGGAGCACCAAGCGAGAGGCGAAUAAAAAAUAUAGUUUUGUGGUAAAACAA